UCCGCAUCCCCCCCCCCCCCCCCUCCUCAGUCCUCACCCCACGCUAGCGAGGUUCCCCGUGGCCAGCAGCCACCUCCACCCAGGCGCAAACCCUAGGGAAUCCGCCCAGGAAUCCCACCCGAAGCAGGGCUGUAUCGCGGGGAGUAGUGGCCGCGGGGACCGGAUCGGCGCGGGCGGGAGAGGAGCGGAGCAGAUCGUGAGAUCUGCGGAAGGGUAAGGGGUUCGGACUUCGGAGUCGGAUCAGGAGCGGGGGGCGCCUGUUCUAGAGUCGAAGGUACGCGUUGACAUUGGGAGAAGGCGUAGCAAGGGCCAAGCAAAUAGGGGAAAAGCAACAGGGCUCAGGGCACUGAUAAUUUCUUUCAUAGAUCCAAGAGAAGGGCAACAGAAAUCGAGGCAUCAAGAAAAACUGUGAUUCAUGAGUCAAUUUUGUUGGCGUGUUCAUGCAUCUCGUUGGUGGGUCAUGCAUCAGUGUCUCACUGCUCCGCUAUAAAAGCUUUUUUGCAGAACUACGAGAUGCCUCAAGUGCGGAUUGCCAGCAGGCCGGUGCUUGCCAACCACUCUGGUGGUGGGUUCGUUAUCAGGAGGGUAGCAUUUCCGGGAAUUGUGGUGGCAAAGUGCACCAUCAAGCCGCUGGCUCGACGGGCCCGGACACCAUUGAGCAACAAGGAGAAUGUGCCACCAGCUGGGGCUGUGAAAGCUGCACCAAAGAGGAGUCCACUGCCUGACUGGUACCCAAGGACCCCACUCCGUGACAUCACAUCUAUCGUAAAGGCUCUUGAGAGAAGAAAUCUACUACAGGAUGCUACGGCUCGGCAGCAGAUCCAAUGGAUUGAAGAUUCUUCACAAUCGGUGGAUCCAACAACUCCAGUACAAGAACAGAAUGAUCCUCAAAUCACACUACAAGCGCAGGAAACACAGAUUGCUGCUGUCCCUGAUCCUGGCUCAACUUCAGUUGUUGCAAACCUCACAACUUCUGUGACCAAGGGCAAGCUGGUGGUGACUUCCUCUCCUUCUGACUGCUCCUUACACACAGUUUCAUCCAAACCAAAUGAUUCAGCUCUCGCUGAUCUAAUGGAGAAGAAACUGUCCAGAUCAAUAGAGACGAUCGAAAAGAUGGUUAGCCAACGACUGAAGGAAACUCCAGAGGCCACUCAGCCUUCCAAGGCGGCUGUCCAGAGGCGCACCCUGAUGUCAAUGCGAUGAGCUGAACCCUGCUCAGCACAGCAAUGAUUCUCUUCUAUCUGCUGCUUUCUUAGCAAGAUAUCAGCUAAGAAGCAUGGUGCCUGCUCAGUUUUGCUGAGGGUGUUUUCCUGGUUCUCUGCUUGAGGACCCUGGUAGGAGGGUUGGGGCUUGGGAGGGGCUCUAUAGCGCUUCAGGGCAUGAUUAUCUAUGGAUAAACUUGCCAUUGUAAGCUUAGUGCAGUAAAACUUCAUUUGUGCGUCUUCUCUUCCUUACCUCUGUUGUACGUCUUUUUGUUUGUAAAAUAUGUGGCCUCACUACGUAGCAGUAGGACAGAUUAUUGGAUCUUAGUAGAACGACGGUGUUCAUUUUCUUAAUGCGCAA